AUGGAUCAACCGAAACCAGAUGAGUUUUCGUACCAGGGCUAUAAGAUUCCACUUCCUGGAUCGAUUUCUGCAGAUCGUCACAAUCACCAGGCUGUCAGCAAUUUCAAUAGCAUUUUUAGUUGUGAUGGGCAUAAUUGCAACUUGUGCGAAGAGUGCCUGACUAGAAAUAUGUACAGCAGCUCUUUCGGUUUGUCGAAAAGCUCCAAAAUACCAAAUUCGUCUGAGGUCUCAAAUUCUAACACGAACGGUAGGAAGGAGAAAGAGCAGGAUAGAGAUACGACAUCUGAUUAUGAGAUUGGAGAAGGGAAGUAUUUUACAACAGAGAAAAUACUACUCUCUAUACUAUGGAGUAGCAUUAAACAAUCAGAAUUGACGAUACGAAACGCUGAGCACAGCAAAACAAAGAGCGACACAAUCGGUACAUCCUUCAAAGGCUCAGCAGAAAGAUCAACCACAUCAUCUGAUAGAUCUAGCAAAAGUUUACAAGAUAUCCUGAACGUGAAUCCGGCGAAAAAGGCCAGAACCAACCUAUCGGAUCCCGUGUUAGCCGAAAGUAAGAGCGAAAACCCGCUCAAACCAUCUUCAAUAACACAACCGCCAGCUAAAGAUAGCCUUUCUCAGAAUACAAAUACUGUACCAGAUAACUCCCCCAAUGAUAAUCGGGACGCUAAUGGCAAUCCGAUAGACAAGAAUAAUGAUACAACCAAGGCUGUCAAACCCGCAUUGAAAAAAGGCAAAAUCUCGUGCUAUGGCAAGAUCAGAGAUAACGAGUGGGGUUGUCAUGCUAGCUUUGAUUCCUUAGAUGCCCUCAAAAAGCAUUGGGGUGACGCCGCUACUGGUACCAUUUGCCUGCAGAGGUUUAUUGAUCUUCGAAAAGGAUGA